AGACUCUGACAGUCGAGAGCCAGAGACCGAGAGAGAAGCACGAUGUCUGAAUUCAGAAGGAUCAUAAUGUCUUCAUUCCUGAUGCUGCUGCUCCACUUUCCAGCAGCAAAUGGGGAAUAUUUUUUCUUCACUGUCAGAGUUGGAGAUGAAGUCACUUUGCCUUGUGACAAUGUGAUACAUGAUCAGGAUAAAUGUGACAGUACUACCUGGCUCUUCAGUGAUAGCUCAGCAACAGUAGAGCUGGUUCAUCUUGGGCGGAUUGGUAAAGAAGCCAAAGCUAAAUCAGACGGACUGAGAGUUACAGAGAAUUGUUCUCUGGUUAUAAAGAAGGUCACAGAGGAGGAUGCUGGUCAAUACGCAUGUAGACAGUUCAAAAAAGCAGUUCAACAACAACGUCCAGACUCUCUGGUUGAUCUGUUUGUGGUUACCUCGACUCAAUUAUCACCAACAACAACACAAGGAUGGAUAAUAGGGAAUAUUAUCACAUCAAAAGGUUGGUGGAGGCUCCUCAUCGUGUCUGUGGGCCUAACAGCUCUCCUUCUCAGUGUGGCUCAAGUCAACAUAUGGAUAAGAACCAAAGGGAACCUAACACAGAUGGAAGAAAACAUGGAGCAGAAUGAUGAAGAUGAAGAUGAGGUGGACUAUGAAAACGAUGGAGAGCCUUCUGCCUCUGUGUGACUGAUCAACAACAUCAACUCCCCUCAGAGUCCACUGCUGUCAAACAUCACCUCCUCAUAUUUUACAGGAGAAAACAGGAGAACCAUGAGAUCAUUUUAACAUUUCUGAUGACUGAGAACACCUGAGCCCCAUGAGAGGCACUUCAGAAACUCAACUCCAUAUGACCGGAAACAUAGCUUAUUAUAUUCAUUAAUUUCUGAUUUAACCUCCUUUAAUUAUGCUCUCACAUUCCCAUACAUAGUUAUACUGUAUCUGAUCUAUAGUCUAGUCUCUGAUAACAUCUCAAUAUUAGCAGUACUUGUACGUACAGUAGUCGUUUUACACCUAUACCUUUCUCACAGUAACUGCUGCACAUGUUCAUGCAUGCAAGCGUUUCAGGAAAUAUCUAAAUUGUAAAAUGAUCCUGAAUCUUUUUUUGUUUGUUAAAUGUACUCUUCAGGGAAUACCAUUAAAACUAGUGUUGGUGUAUUAAUGUAGGUAUGGCUUCAAUUCGUUUUUGCAAAUGAAUUAUUCAUUUAUUUUCUAAUUAGGGUCUGAGACCAGAGGUCGGCGAAGACCCUUUUGUAAUCGCUCGCAAAGCAAGCGACAACCCAGCAAAACACACAAAAGCAUAGGGAAAACGAUGGGCGAAAGCACCUUUUAAUCAAACAUGAACACCAUCUGGGAAAAUCUGCAUUUUGGUAUGAGGGCGCUGACGUCAGUUAGAGGACGCAGAGCUCAUGUUACCCAGUUUAGACAAAACCCUGGUAAGGGCAAAGCGAGCAGAGUUAUAAUAAGAUUUAUAUUAAUGAUAUUUGGCUUUUUUUGGCUUAAUAGCAUCAAACAGAGAGUACAGCAGCAGCUUUAUGAAAACAUGUGAGUCCCUCCAGAGGUGGAUUGUGAAAAAGGGGGCAGACAUGUUGGAUAUAAACUGUAUUCUUACUAUUUACAGCAUGGGCAUAAAAUGUAUUGUAUUGUCAUUAUUUUUAUAACUAUAUAUUUGAAUGGAAUAUUGCUUUUUCUUCUGUGCAUUUCAUUGUUUUGUGUUUUACUAAAUAAAGUGACCUAUUAACCUUU